AUGCGCAGCAUCCGCAGCAGCAUCCGCAGCAUCCGCAGCAGCAUCCGCAGCAAACGGGACUGGAAGAAGAGCAUUCGGCGCAUCGGGCGGACACUGCGCACGUGGCGGCGCAGCAGCGCAGCAGCAGCGCAGCAGCAGCAGCAGCAGCAGCAGCAAGAACUCGAUGACCACGCCCUCGCCUCCCCUGAAGACAUCGAAGGCGUUUUGGGUUCUUAUGAAAAAACCAAAAAGUGGUGGCACAGAAUUGUGACUUCCAACUUCAGUCCCCUCUCCAACCGAAACAGCGUGAAAUGCAAGGGCGCCUAUGGCCCGAGGUGA